AGAAGGGCUCGGUAUGUGGACCGAAUGAUCCUUCCCUGUGCUGUAUGCUGACAUAAGGAGUGCUGACGUGGUCUAGGUAUCACUGACCUUUGGACUCCCUUGAUUGUAAAAGCUCCAGCACAACUUCAGAGGACAAAAGAACAGUCAGGCUAUUAGUGCUAGCCAGACUCGGACCUGCGAUCGGACCAUGAAGGAGCAGAUUAAUUCCGAUUGCGGGGCACAGGGCAUAGAGACAAUGGCAGGCCCAUUUUACCCGGAGGCCCCAAGCUUCCUGGAUAAAUCUCCCGGCUUCUACACCAGGCUGGGGGAGACAGAGGCCGAAGUGGAAGCUGCCUUUGGCGACGAGGGACUGACAUCCUGGAAGAGUGACAGCCCGCUCUGCCCAGAGUCCCACGCUGACACCAGGCCUCAACCGAGGGGCAGGAGCAAGAAGGCAGGGGGUCCCAGGCUGGAGGGAGACAAAUGUGAUGCCAGUAAGGGAGUGCUGCCCGCUGUCACGCACAGAAAUGAGGGGAUGAAGAGGUCCAGCCGCAAUCACAGAACCAGCACCAAUCACACCGGCGUUCUGAGUGACGACCACCAACUGCUCUUGAAAAGACGGGCCAAAUGGAGGGAUAACAACCCUGGCACCCAGAGGAAGAACAAGGUGUUCAGGAAAUACAGAGAGGACUUUGAUAGAGCCUUUCGACGUGGAUGGGAGCACUUCCUAGCAAACAUUUACCGUCUGACACGCUGAGGGAUCCAGUUUAGCGUGGAUGGCCAUUGAAAAGCCAACAAUUGGGAAAACUGGACAGAACCUGGACUCCCACUGAGUGCCUUGUCUUCAUCUAACCAUUUCUAAAUAAACUGAGGGGGUGACACAGCACAGAAUUCCACCCAAUGUCCCUGUUGUAAUUAGAUCGCCGGUUGACUGUGGAGACAGAAUCAAGAGACACGGCUUUCCUUUGCAAAGUUUAUUGAUUAGCUCAGUCUCACAGCUCUCACGACACCUCCACUUUAACAGCUACUCUAUGUAUACACGUGCAGAUAUUUUCCAAAUCAACCUGUUCAUGUUUUGUGGGGCAAGACCUGGACUCGGACCUCCUGGGUCAGAAAUCGGGACAUUACCAGAGUGCCACAAGAGCCCUUUCUAUUUAUAUGCUCUACCUGCUUCUCUUAACCUCAGCAAUGAUGUAAAUGGAACUUCAAUAAAAACAUU